CAGUGCUCAGCAAGGAUGGCGCGCGUCCGUGCGCUCGCGCAUACAGCCUGCCUCACGAUCAUACUGCUCGUGCAAGGUACAAUUUCACAAAGACACCCAAUCAAAGAGGCGUUACUGCUGCACACUGAUGCAUACGGCAACGCUACGUUUGAAGACUGCGUGUGGCGACGGGAGAAGGAAGCCUGUCCUGAUCCUGAUGUUAAUCUCCAUUUAUAUACUGAAUCUGAUCCUGUGAAGAAUGUUGUAGAUCUAAGCAGCCAGGACUGGCUUCGUCAGAGUGGUUACGACCCGGCGCACGAGAACGUUCUACUCAUCCAUGGAUAUGCGGGAGGAGACGACACUUUGCCUAUUGUCGUGUUGAGAGACGCAUACCUGCGCCGCGGUGGCUACAAUAUCUUCAUGCUAGACUGGGGAGCGCUCUGCCAGCCCCCGUGCUACGUGGCUGCGGUACACAACUUGCGGCCCGUGGCUCGCUGCGUGGCUGAAGCGCUCGGAGCCCUGCGUCGAGCGGGGCUCAGGACUGACAACCUCACUUGUGUGGGGCAUUCGCUUGGCGCUCAUCUGUGUGGCAUCAUCGCUAACUAUUUGACUUUUAGAUUGAAUAGGAUCAUUGGGUUAGACCCAGCACGUCCUCUGAUCCGAUCAGCGCCGGCACUUCGCCUAGACCCGGGCGACGCUCGUGCGGUCCACGUGCUGCACACCAACGCCGGCCGCUACGGAGAGGCUGCCCGGCUCGGUCACGCCGACUUCUGUCUCAAUGGGGGAAGGAGCCAGCCUUAUUGUGAAGAUACACCAAACGAGGCGCUCUGCAGCCACAUCUGGUCGAUCUGCUAUCAAGCAGAGAGUCUGUUUCGCUCCAGAGAGGCAGCCCCGUGCGGGCGCCGGUGCUCGGUGCGGGUGCCACCAUCCCGGGCCUCCGCCCUGCCCGUGCCUAUCGGACAGCCUGCGCCUAUGAGUGCAUCAGGUGCAUACUGUCUCGAAGACUUCGCGACGCCAUUCUGCCCUUACACAUCAGGGCUCAAGGAAGGUGAUAAUAGGUGCUGCCUAGACGAACUGUACGCGGCCGCAGCGACCGCCGAGCCCACGCGCAAGCGACCGCGGCCUGUCCGUCUGAGAGGCCCGCGGUAUAGGCAGAAUGAUAGCGAUUAUUAUACUGUAGUCUGAUAACAUAGUUUUAAACAGAGUGCUAUAAUUAUGUUGUUAAGAAAUUCGAAAAGAAAAUCAUGGCUAGAAAUUGCAACUUUUUGACGGAAAUUAUUAUGUAAAAAAAAUUGCAAUAGCAACUUCAAAAUACGGUAAAAAUGUGUUUUUGUACAUACUUGUUGUACUAUUCUUUUUUAAUUCAUAGAUAUGAGCACUCUAUUUGUCAUUAAGUCUGUGGCGUUCUAUCGCCCCUUCUAGCUCGUUAAUUUUUAAGUGAAAGUGGGAGGGAAUUAUUUUGUUGGGUAAAAUUAUUGGCAGUCGAAAGGUGUCAGCUUUAAGCCUUUGUACAAAUACGUCUCGCAAUAAAAUGGCGUUUCAUUGUAAUUAAGCUUUCAUAUUAUUUUAUUAUUUUUUUAAGGAAUAAAUUGUUAAUUAUGUAAGAACAAAAAAAACUAAACAAACUGUAAAUUGUUAUUAGAGCAAGUCAUUUGCAUAAUAUUUACAAAAUGAAAUGUUCAGAUUUAUUCAUUAAUAAAAUUAUGACGAAUAUUUAUAAUUGCUAGUACUAUAAGUGUAAAUGUGUACAGAUUGGAGAAGUUUAGCCAAAGAAAAUCUUACCAUUUAGAAAUAUUAUUGAAUAAAUUAUUACUUUUA